UUUCUUUUUUACUUAUUUUGCACUAUUACUUGCCUAAAUUUGUUUAUAUUAUUUCAAAAUUGUUUAUUAAUUUAAUUUUAUUUAUAAAAUAUAAAAAAAAAUUAAAGAAAUAUUGCACCUAUGCAUCAUACCACCUCACAAAAUCUACCACAUCAUAUAUGGGUGCGUGAAUCAAAUCUAAAUCCCGGACGUCGUCAUCCCAUACCGCAUCGUUUUCUCUUCCACGAAAGAAAUUUCUACAAAAGCAUAACACCUCGCCUUACCGUACAGAAUGUAGACAAACCUCAUGGUUUUUUGCGCAAAUUUAGUCCCGAUGGACAAUAUUUGUUGGCUUUCACCAACGAUCAAAAAUCAUUGGAUGUUUAUCACUAUCAGGGUAUUGCCAGUGUGGCGGAACUCUUAAGCCAACAGCCGGCAGAAUGCAUAACGGCCGCAGAUCAUUCACUACAGUCGCUGCGCAUAAGACAAGAACUAUUUAAUAGUUUAUUUAAGAAAAAGUUCAAUUUACCCAUAAUAAGAUCGACUGGUGCGGCACGGCAUUAUUUAAAUCGUGAAUUUAGCAUAUUUUUAGAUGAUGGCCGCUAUGUGCUUUUGGCCUCUAUUUCAGGUGGCUCUAUAUUUCCAAAUUAUUUAGCCUAUCAUCAAUAUCCCGAUCUGUUUGAUGAUACUGAACUAUAUGAUUAUACAUUUUAUUUGGUGGAUUUACGUACCGGUCGUAUUUGUGAUACUUACAAAUUGGAACAUGAUUUCAUAGUACUCUCCCAUAAUCAUAGUGUUUCCGUAUAUGAUCGCACUCUAGCCAUACUAUCCACCUAUCGCCAGUGUAUAGAAUUAGUUGAAGUGGAUAUAAUCGGUGCUAAACUUAAACGUUUGUAUACUGUGGGUCCUUUUGGUAGUGAUUUGGAUCGUGAUCGUAUUUUUGCUCAUAUUCAAACAACAAAUAUCAGUCUUAAUCCUUGUCAUAAUUUACCAUUUUCUCAUUUAAAACAAAAAAUAUUGGCCUUUAUGUAUCGUGAAAUAAUGGAACUGAAGUCGCCACAUGAAAGACAACUCCAACUAAGGGAAUUCUAUAAGAAUUUUGCACAGGUUGAACGCAUGAUUAUUUUAAAAAUGCAAUUGAUUGACAGCGAUAAUUUACUCUUGCGUUAUGAGAAGCGACAAACACAAAUGCCACUGGAAAUGAUUGUGGGCAGUAAUGUCGAUCAUGUUAAUAAAAGUUUUAAAAUUUAUGUUUUUUAUAAUAUAACACGGCAAGAAGUUUUGAAAAUUUACUCCAAAGACUCAGUAGAACUAUUGCAAAUGUUGCGCAACUAUUGUGAUGAUUUUCGUAAUGUACACUCGUUGCAAAUACCCUGGCAUGCAUCAUCGCCUAGUAAUAAUGAUUUCUUUAGAGCAGCAUUUGAUCAAGCUCUCAACUCUUUCGCUGGUGGCAUUGCUGAAGCGGCUGCACGUUUUAAUCCCACCUUACCCAUUAGCGCACAAAGUUUCUCUACUAGCCCUUAUCUGGAUUAUUCUCUCUUUAACUACGAUGAUCGUUAUAUUUCCACUCUUGAGAGGCCUAGACUUAAUAGUUUAGAGCCUAUACGUUUUUGGGAUCGCACUACGGGCCUUUUAAAGUUUCGCGUAUUUUUGGAACAACCUACAGAAGCGAGGCCCGUUGAUUUUGAAUUUAUUGCUAAUCCCCGUGAUUUAGUUACAUUUAUUUUCCAUCCAUAUGAACCGUUUUUUAUUAGUAUUCAAAAGUUUAUAUCUCGUUAUGUUAUUAAUUUUCAUAUGUAUAAUUCGAGUACGAUAACUAAAAGUUAAAUUUUUGUUAAAUUGUGUUUUAAAUUUAUAGAAUUAUUGACAACAGUGGAUAAAUCGCAUUAAUUUUAUAUAAUAAAAGAAAUGAUGAUAAAAAAACAUA